GUGACUGGUAGCAUGUGCGGAAAUAAAUGCAUAGGAGGGGGAAAAAAGAAAACACGUGAUAGAUAAAUGAUUCCACACUGUGAACACUAUAUCAUGUGGUCAUUUAUUUCAUCGCGAAUCAAGCAUUUAAGUCCAAUUUACCGUUCAAAAAAGGCUGUGAAUGACAGCUUCCAUCAUCUCGGGCUGAUUUAGGGCGCCAUUGGAGACACUGGUGGGCGCACUUGAGGAGGUCUGAGGCUGGAACAAAAACAACAACAAAACCGAACCUCCCCUCUCCUUUUUCUUCUCUCUUCAUGACCCAUCAGCAUAGGAACCCCUCAUUCUCGUCGCAAUCUUUGCAUCCUCUGCGAUCCAUCAUGCACUCUUCAAGGCGCUGAGAGCAGACAGAAGAUGUUGACGUCUGACGCGCUCCAUCGCCUCCUCCUGGCCGGAGUUUGCCUGUGCGCGUGUGGAAAUGCGGUCCUGGAGAUCCAGAAGGAAGGCUGCAGGCUCGCUCGGACGCAGACCCUGGAGGAUGUUGAUGCAAAAUCGGGAAAGUCCUGAUGCAGAAUCUGAGCCCAAAAAGUUCUGGAGGACUCCGAGAGACAUGAUGGAUGACGUAAGCACCUCGCUGCAUGAAGACGCAAGGUGGUCUUCCACCACUGGGGCUCUAAAUCCAUCCAGUCGCACCCCCACGCCGGUCUCUCUCCCCUCUCGGACCUCCACGGCGUCGUCGCCGUGGGAACGCGAAGGCCCCGUCAUGCCCGCGCCGCCCGAACCCUUCUUACCCGACAUGGGCGUCGACACCAUGCCCAAAGAGGACGGCGUGGAGAGCCUGUGGACCGAGGCCCCCGGGCCCAGCGGAGCAGACACGGCGCCGUCCCCGGACGACACUACAGAGGGCACCAUGUCGUCCGAGUCGCUGCCUCUCAUCUUUGAGCCUCUGGAAGAAUCCGCGGCUCAGCUCCCGGCCGCCGCCACGGCAAGCGCAGGCGCGCCGCUGUCGGAGGCGGACCCGGAGCUGCCGUUCGCCACGGAGACGGACAAGCCUUCGCACGCGCCGCCCCCGAUGACGCCGGACGUGGAGCACCUGGAUGCCAGCAGACAUUCAGGUUUUGGCACUGUGCAGACCUCAGAACUCACAGACAUUGUACGAGCUUCGGUUGUCAUGGCAACCAAUCCACCUGUGCACAAGCCCCAGUCGGGUUUAGAGGAGACGGACUCUGAAGACGAUCCGGACGAGGACGAGAAUUCCGAGGACUCGCCGGAGGACGAGGAGAGCGACGAGGACCCGACGGAGAUGUCUCGGACUGAGCCAGCCGUACAGCCUCAUCCCACCGCCUCCCGUCUGGGUGCAACGCAACCAGAGCCUGAUGCGCAGCUGGGUGGCGCUGAUCCGAGAAAAGGCGGGCUACGUUUCGGGCAUGAUGGCCCCGGUGGCCGUCGGCAUGGCUGGGGCCCUGCUGCUCGUGGGCGCCCUCUACAGCGUGAGGAGGAUCCAGCGUAGGAGGAGGAACAGCUUCAAAGGCCAGCGGAGGAAGAUCCGACCCGCGGAGCAACCAGGUGAGACGUGCAUCGGUCGGCAGGAUCAGGCCAUGCUGCUGGCGGACAGCUCCGAGGACGAGUUCUGAUCCAAAAGACUCUACC